AUGCAGCCGGUCUCACUAUCCGAGCACAAGGACGCGUUAGUGCUGCGUCUCAAGUAUCACAAGACGACGCUCUUUAUCGCCUGUCAGCCUUCCACCACCCUUGCAUCGCUCAAGGCCGACUUCGUCGAGGCUGUUCGUGCAACCAACCAGCCAGAGCUUUCCACACUGCCACAAUACACACAGGCCGAUGGCAAGGAGUAUCCAGCGUGGAGCGACUUGGAUGCAGAGGACGACCUCGGUCUCUUCAUCGCAAGCAGCACUGGCGCAGAUGAGAGCAUGACGAUAUUCAUGCCGCUCGAUCAGGACUCGGCGUCCUCGGACCUGACGGUGCGCAAGGCAGGGCUCAAGGACUCGGACCCCAUCUGCGUUGGGUUCCGCGCCCAGGGAGCAUCUUCGAUCUCUCAGCCUAUUGUCCAAUUCACCGACGUCGAGGAGGACGAAGAGGAGGCUAUCGAUCCCGACUCGAUCCCUCCUCCACUCUCCGACUAG